UAAAACGCUCUCUCACGCUCCUUUAUCUUCUCUUCUCUAAAUUUGGUAAUCUUUUACCCUCUUUCCCAAGUUUAUCACAGGCCCCAAAAUGGGCAAAUAUUGAACCUGUAAAAGGGGGAAACAAAAGGGGUUCUCUCUGUUUACAAAAUCACGAGAUUACGAGAAGGGUUUUUCGUUUCUUGGGGGAUUUUGAGGGAUUUCGACUCGAAACUGCAAUUUUGGGGGUUUUGAUCAUCUGGGUGUCUCGGAUUUGGGGUAUUUUCAAAUGGGUCGAGGGAAGAUUGAGAUCAAACGGAUUGAGAAUGCUAAUAGCAGGCAAGUUACAUUCUCAAAGCGACGAGCUGGGUUGCUUAAGAAGGCUCAGGAGCUUGCUAUUCUUUGUGAUGCUGAAGUUGCUGUUAUUAUCUUCUCUAAUACUGGCAAGCUUUUUGAGUUUUCCAGCUCUGGCAUGAAACAUACUCUUUCAAGAUACAACAGAUGUAUAGAAUCUUCAGAGACUCCGAUAGACGGACACAAGGCUGAGUAUCUUCAUCUCCAGAAGCAAGAGCAUGAGGAGGUAGACAAUCUACGAGAUGAAAUAACGACUCUGCAAAUGAAACAAUUGCAGCUACUGGGAAAGGAUCUAACUGGCUUGGGCUUCAAGGAAUUGCAAAACCUAGAGCAACAACUAAAUGAAGGGCUCUUACUCGUGAAAGAGAAGAAGGAACAGUUACUGAUGGAACAACUAGAGCAAUCAAGGGUACAGGAACAACGAGCAAUGCUAGAAAAUGAAACUCUGCGGAGACAGGUCAGCGAGCUUCGAUGUCUGUUUCCUCCAGUCGACUGUCCGCUUCCUGCUUAUCUUGAAUACUGCUCCCUAGAGAAGAAGAAGGCAGGCAUUAGAGUCCCCGAUGUCGCCUGCAACUCCGAAAUAGAAAGAGGAGAUUCCGACACCACCUUGCACUUGGGGCUACCAUCACAUGUCUAUUGCAAGAGAAAGGAGGCUGAAAGAGAUACUCAUUCAAAUGAUUCAGGGAGUCAAAUGGGCCUACUCUGAUACCUCUCAUCAUUCAUUCUGAUUAAUUAGAUAUCUGCUUUCUGAUUAAUUAGGUGACUGCACCGAUGCUGGGACGACAAACCGAACCGGAAUAAUCAGCCCGAUCUCCACCUUCAGAAACUGCAAAUAUUCAUUAGGUGACCUCUAAAACCAUUGAAACAGAGAGAAUUAGAAAUCCCCAGUUAGGAGAUUAGUCAAUGGAAAAUGACAUUGUUGUACUUGUAGCUAGUUUCAUUAGAUUUUCGAAUACAUUUCUUAAGAACUAUGCAAGCAAACUCUUUACAGAAGGAAUAUCAGCAGCUAUUCUUUC